AUGAAGCGAGCACAGGUACCUCCACUCAAAAGACGUCGAAUCCGUCGCUCGUGUGAGCGGUGUAGACACAAGAAGGUCAAAUGCCCGGCUGAGAAGCCAAGUUGUUCUUUCUGUCGUCGGUUGAAUCAAUCUUGUGUAUAUCUCCCUCGAAAUCAGACAGACAGCUCGUUACCAGCUUCCCUCGACGUUGACAGCACAAAUAUAUCUGGUGACUAUGGAGCACCAAAUACCAACUUGAUACCUCUGGAAUACGAUAGCUGGCGACCUGAUGAUCCAGAGCCAUCAGCAGAAGCUCUGGAACACCUUGCGAGGACCUACCGGGAUAGAAUCUACUUUCAACCAGCACCUUUAUUUGAUCCACACCAGCUGAAAGACCAGCUGCGUGUGUUUCCUUACUAUCUUCGAUGGAGCUUUCUCGCUCUAACUCUCCACUUUUCAUCUCAUGCAUUCUACUCUGGGAGCGAAUCUGAAGCCAUUGAUCUUUACACAACAGCUUCUAGAGGCGUGGUUCAGGAACUAUGCGCAGAAGGUGUUAUCCGGAUAGAAGUAUUGCAGUCGCUGUGUCUGUUGGCGCUUUGCGAGAUACUCGAUGGUGAAUACAAUCGAGCGUGGAUGACGAUCGGGGCGGCAGCGAGAUUAGAAGCGCUACGCUUGUCUCAGUCCCGCGGUGCACCCAUUCCACCACAUAGUAGAGACGCCAUCUCAAGAUGUCACUGGAGUAUCUUCGUUCUAGAGAAAACCUUCACCCCAAACCUGGUCACCCCCGUACAAAAGCUUGGCCGACCCAAGUUCCCACAGAGCCCUGAAGCCCCAGGUCCCAUAGAGCCGUACACUGUUGCAAGAAGCCAUUGCCCCGACUUGUCUAGCAAUGUCCAACAAGAUGGAAACAGUCCAGAUCUAGGCAUCAACGCCAACUGCUUGGAGCUCAUAUCAAUUUGGGGUGACAUCGUGGCAUACCUCCAGGAUGUUCGGUGCGGCCUUGUUGACUGCCCAUGGUCAAAUACUUCGCGACAUGCAAGACUAGGGGUGGCAUUUUAUGAAUUCGAAGUACGAGUCUCGAGCUUGCACAUGCUCAGACGUGCCUCAUUUCCCGAUCGACCAAUAUCGGAAAUUUAUGAGAGGCGAGAAUACUGGAUGCCCUGGCUGACAAUGGAAAUUUUAUACCAUGCAUCCAAGGCGGCUUUGGAUAACCCAUUUGUACAGUUAUUUGCUCUUCGUGGAAGCAAUGCAAAGACCCAACCGGGCUCUUACUUACAAAAGGCUGUGGACCAAGCUCUAUUCAACUAUGAAUGGGUUGCGCGUCUGAUACAAAUGGUUCAAGGCGCAUCGUUUGAGAUGUAUGAUCCGCUAUUAGGAUCAGCAGUCGCGGCGACCGCCACCGUGCCCUGGAUAUUCCAGUUUGCCCGUGAUGAGCAAGUCGCUCAAAAAGCACGGCAAAAUCUUGAGCUGUUCGAAUCGUUCCUGCGGACGCUGUCAUUGCAGUGGCCGCACAUUGCUGGUGGGUUAAAAAUCCUUCAAGAACUGAGGAGCUUAAGUGGCCAGCGAGAUGAGACGGGUGCACAGAGCACCACAAUCCGCUUUCAACCAGAUCUCAUCUGGGGGCUUCUUUGCCCUAGCUUCCCAUCAACCGUUUCACAAGCUGAGUCCAACGCAAAAUUUGAGCAUAGUCAUCCUCCCUCGCCGAAUGCCACACUGCACGUCACCACUCAGUAUAUGCAUCCGCUCAUUGACCCUCCUGUAAGCCGACCUCUCGAUGAUGAAAGCAUGGAUAUGUUCUUAAACCGGCCUUUUGAUGGGUUCGAUGGUCCAUUCCUUGACGGCUUCUUUUCGCAGACGGUGUUGGAAGGCGUUUUCUAA